UUCGUCUUUACGAUAAAUUUUUAUUCAUGGCUGUGUUUGGGGUGUUUUUUAUAUGAUAAUUACUGUCUUUGGAUGUGUUUACAUCUUUAACACAGCUGGGGGUAACAUAAAAUUCACAAACAAAUUUGAGUUGUUCAGCUUGGAUCGACGCUCGUGAAAGUUGAGUGUCAAUUGCAUCCGAAUUUUCAAAAAAUUCGAUACGUUUCCGUCUUUGGAACUAAUCAAUUUUCCUGGUUCAUCAGUUUCGUGGGAAUUGUUUGUUUUAAACAAAUUACAGGAUCCACACGAUGGUCACAUGGAAUAUGACGCGGCGUCACGUGCGCAUUUUGUUGGUUGGUGAUCCAGGAGCUGGCAAAACAUCACUCAUUUUAUCGCUAGUGAGUGAGGAAUUUCCCGACGAUGUACCACCGAAAGCGGAAGAAAUCACAAUACCUGCCGAUGUUACACCUGAACAGGUUCCCACAAAUAUUGUCGAUUUUUGCGCUUCAGAACAAACGGAUGACAAUCUUCAAGACGAAAUAAACAAGGCUCAUGUGGUGUGCAUAGUUUACUCGGUCGAAAAUGAUGAAUCGAUUGAUCGAAUUACGACGCAUUGGCUACCGUUUAUUCGGGACAGCACAACCAUUGAUCAAAGAAAACCGGUGGUUUUAGUGGGGAACAAAAUUGACCUAGUCGAUUACUCUACAAUCGAACAUGUACUCACCAUAAUGGAAGAAUUUCCAGAAGUCGAAAGCUGUGUCGAAUGUUCAGCCAAAACUCUUCACAAUAUAUCCGAAAUGUUCUACUAUGCACAGAAAGCCGUUCUUCAUCCCACUGCCCCUUUAUAUAUUAUGGAGGAACAAGACCUGACUGAAGGCUGUAAGAAGGCGCUGGUUCGAAUAUUCAAAGUAUGUGACAUCGAUGGUGACGGUUUACUGAACGAUUUCGAGCUCAAUCACUUCCAAAGACGCUGUUUCAAUGCACCACUUCAACCGCAAGUACUUGACGAGGUGAAAGCUGUUCUAACAAAAAAUGUCCCCGAUGGAAUAUACGACCAAUCAGUCACCCUGAAAGGAUUUUUAUUUCUUCAUUGUCUGUUUAUUCAACGUGGACGAAACGAAACCACCUGGGCUGUACUCAGAAAAUUCGGCUACAAUGAGAACUUAGAAAUGUGUCAUGAGUAUCUCCAACCGCACAUAAAAAUACCGCCGGGUAGUAGCACAGAAUUGUCACACCGUGGUCAACAAUUUUUAACCGCACUAUUCGAACGAAGUGAUCGUGACGGAGACGGAGCUUUAUCGGUUGAUGAAUACAAAGCAAUAUUCAAUGCGUGUCCCGUACUGCCAUGGCCGUCAAUUUCUGAUAUCCGACGUACUGUUCCGACGAAUCCAGCUAGUGAAAAAGGAUUUUUAUCUCUACAUGGAUGGAUGUGUCGUUGGACUUUAAUGACCCUGAUCGACUUACCCAAAACUCUGGAUUAUUUAGCGUAUUUAGGAUUCAAUGUUCACGAGAACGAAUCGCAAGCGUUGGCUAUCCACGUGACGCGGGAACGUCGUUUGGAUUUGGCUAAAAAACAGAGCAGUAGAUCGGUUUACAUGUGCCACGUAUUCGGUCCCAAAGGUUGUGGUAAAACGGGUCUGUGCAGAGGCUUCAUAGCUGAUAAUUUGGUCAAAUUGACGGAAAAGGAAUUUCUCAGUGGCGAUCACUACUGCAUCAACACCGUUCAAAUAUACGGACAGGAAAAAUAUCUGGUCUUGAAAGACAUCGAAAUGAGACAAAUUCUCGAUCCACUGCAACCACAUGAAGUUCAUUGUGACGUGGCCUGUCUUACAUAUGACGUAAACAAUCCGACAUCUUUCGAAUACGUGGCGAGAAUUUAUAUAAAGUACUUUGCCGAAAGUAAAAUACCGGUGUUAAUUACCGGCACAAAAGGCGAUUUGGAGGAAGUACGACAGGACUAUUUGUUGCAACCGAAAGAAUUUUGCCAAAAGUAUCAACUACUGCCACCACAAAUAUUCAGCUUAAAGGACAAUAAGAAGGAUCUUUAUGUGAAACUGGCAACAAUGGCGGCAUUUCCGCGUUUUCAAGCUGCUUGGAUUAUGUUUUACAAACAUAGAUUAGAGAGACUUCUAGGAACAGCUCAUUUGAGACAUUUUGGCAACAUGGCUACCGAUCCCUUUAUAUGGUGGAAAGCUGGACUUGGUGUUGCUGCCGCGAGUAUUGUUGGCUAUUUUAUCAUCAAAGUAUUGCACAGCACUAUAUCGACUCGAUAAACUUCUUUUUUUUUUUGUUAAGAUGUGAUGUUUCUCCAAAUUUAUAUUUUUUUCCCUACUUUGCUGCUCAACUGCUUAUUGUAUAAUAUCAAAAAGAAGAUGUGGUGGAGGUGCAAUUUUUCUGCCAUUUUUUAGAUUUGUAAACUUUUAAUAGAACGCAGUGAGUUUAAAGGGAAUGAUAAACUGGACUCUGUUGAGGGACUUUGAUAAAAUUUAAAUGUUUCCACGGCUUCUGUUUACUGAAAAAUCGGAAUCCGAUAGAUGUCUGAACAAAGUGAAAAUUCUGCGCGCGUCAAUUUAAUAGCAAAAAGCUCAUUUUCAUAACUUUUUUAAAAAACAAUUGCAAAACAAUAGAACCGAUUAAAAUUUGCAUUUGAAUAUUUCAUCAACUUUUUCUAACAAUUGCAUCAACAGAACCAUUUAUCCCCUUGAAUAACGUUCGUUUGAAUCAAAAUGUGAGAAGAAACUUAAGUGUUUGUGUAAAUAAUUUUUUUGUAAAAAGAGGAACUUAUUUUUAGAUAUUAGUUACGUAUUAUUGUGAUCAAUUCUCAAUAAAUAAGAAAACGGGACGGAAGCAGCUAUUCUUUGUUUUGAUUUUGAUUUUUUUUUGUUUUGAAAUCUUUCAAUAAGAAUAUAAAUUUAGAAGAUAGGAAUUAUAAAUUUCUCUAGUCUUUGUAGCAUUUAAAUUUCAUGAAUGAAUUGUAAAUAUUUAAAUUCAAAAA